CGCGUCACUAGUUUUUUUUAAAUUGAUAUAUAUUUUUUUAAUAUUUUACUUAACGCAUUUUUCUGUAGCUCAAUAUAAUUAUGAUAUGCCAAAAAAGUAUAUUUGUUUGUUUUUCCUAUUUCUUAAUAUCAAAUGUUUAUGCAAUGGACGGAAAAUAUGAAAUGACUAAUAAUGAUUUGGAAGAAUCAGCUCGUCAAAUUAAAUGGACUAAUUCGAUAUUCGAAACACAAACAGUCGAAGAGCAGAGCAAAAUUUUUUCAUAUAUGUUACACUUCUUAGAACCUUUAACAACACACAAACAAUUUGAGGAAUUAUUAUUUCCGUCAGAUAUUUCCGAAAUUAACUACAAAUUAGAAAAUAGUUCUUCAACAGUCAAUGAUCGUUUACAGAAGUUCAAUUGUAGUAUAUGCAACAAUGAAGAUAAAUUACGAAGUAUUUUAGACGAUUACUUCACAGAUAAUUUUAUAUCCAUAGACAUAAAUAAAUAUCAAUAUAUUGAAGGUAUGAUUAAUUAUGAAAGUGAAGUCAAUAAACGAUAUGAUCUAAUUAAAAAAAUGGCAUCACACUUAAUGUAUAUGAAACAUGACGUAGUUAAAAUGUGUAAUGGUAAUGUACUAUGGAAAUGUCGUGCAUUGGCUAUAAUUAACUUUACUCAAAAUAAUAAAGAAUUUUGGCAUCAAGAGGGAGGGUGUAUUGAAAAUGUAUGCACAAUGCACUACAUAGAUAUAUCAGGAAUAUUUAAAGGAACGUAUAAAUUUCGAGAAGUACAAAAUCAAUCAAAUGACAUCACUUAUUAUUCCUAUGAAGUAUUAAAAGAAGGCGAAAUAAAAUAUCAACCGUUUUAUGUUCGGCUAGUUUGAUACAAAUAACAGAACUCUUAUAACACUAUAUUUUUUAAGUAUUCAAAUUUUGUAUAAUUAUUUACAACAAUGGCUUCUAUAUAAAAUGAUAUUUGUAUGUAUCGAAACAAUAAAUAAUUAAAAAAUCUAUAAAAUGGGUAUAA